UUAAAAAAGGUCGGCAUCAGAAUGGGAGAGGUUGUAGCUAGCGGGUAAAGCCAAGGCAUCAUGUCUCUGCAUGUCUCCGUAAAUUGAGAGUACACAAAUGCCUUCUGGAAUCUAGAAAUGGCUAACAAUGACGCUAUCAACAUAUGAAAGAAAACCGUAUGGAAAGACACGGAUCGAGGUCUGAAAUCCGUGAGGGAGAGCCAGUUCGAGGUGUGUCACCAAAGAUCUCGGAGGCCAUUUCUAUAGGCUUGCUGGCCACCUAAAACAUUCAGAUUUGACCACAUCACUGUGACUCAGAAACUUUGCACAGGUCAAGAAGACUGUGGAUGAGAUAAGGUCUUAUUUUUAUAUACAGGAAGUGAAGCCACGAGAUCCACCAUGAGUUCACACGAAGCCGAGGUGCACACCAUUUCCCCCGAGCUUCCCGCCAUGUUUGACGGGAUGAAGCUGGCGGCGGUGGCCACGGUGCUGUACGUCAUCGUGCGCUGCUUGAACCUGAAGAGUCCCACCGCCCCCCCCGAACUCACAUACCAGGACACCCCCCUCGUCCGCUUCCUCUUAAAGUCCUGUCCACUCCUGACCAAAGAGUACAUUCCUCCGCUAUUAUGGGGCAAAAGUGGACACUUGCAGACAGCUCUGUACGGGAAGAUGGGCAGGGUCAGUUCACCACACCCAUGUGGGCUGAGGAAGUACCUGCCCAUGCAGGACGGGGCUACAGCAACCUUUGACCUCUUUGAACCACUGGGGGACCAUCAUACAGGAGAUGAUGUUACCAUGGUAAUCUGUCCUGGAAUUGGUAACCACAGUGAGAAGCAUUAUAUCCGCACGUUUGUGGACUACUCCCAGAAGCAGGGCUACAGAUGUGCAGUUCUAAAUCAUCUGGGAGCUUUGCCCAACAUCGAGCUCACCUCCCCUCGAAUGUUCACUUACGGCUGCACUUGGGAGUUUGCGGCCAUGGUGGGCUACAUUAAGAAGACCUACCCCCAGACCCAGCUCAUCGUGGUCGGCUUCAGCCUGGGCGGGAACAUCGUCUGCAAGUUCCUGGGAGAGAACCGCGCCAACCAGGAGCGGGUGCUCUGCUGCGUCAGCGUGUGCCAGGGCUACAGCGCGCUCAGGGCCCAGGAGACCUUCCUGCAGUGGGACCAGUGCCGAAGGUUCUACAACUUUCUCAUGGCAGACAACAUGAAGAAGAUCAUCCUCUCGCACAGGGGCAGCCUGUUUGGGGCCGGCUCCGGCAAGAUGCAGGACGCCGAUCUGAGCCGGCUGUACACCGCCACCUCCCUCAUGCAGAUCGACGAUAACAUCAUGAGAAAAUUCCACGACCACGGCUCCCUGAAGGAGUACUACGAGAAGGAGAGCUGCGUGCAUUACAUUCACAACGUCAAUGUGCCGCUGCUACUGGUGAACUCUGCAGACGACCCACUGGUGCACCAGUCCCUGCUGACGAUACCUCGCACACUCGCAGAAAAGAAGCCCAACGCCAUUUUUGCGCUGACGCUGCACGGGGGCCACCUGGGCUUCUUCGAGGGGGCGGUGCUGUUCCCGCAGCCGCUCACCUGGAUGGACAAAGUCAUCGUGGCCUACACCAACGCCAUCUGCCAGUGGGAGAGGCAGAAACCGCCGUGCCAAAGCGCUACCCAGCCGGAGAAGCCCUGCUCGGAGGAGAAACCUUAACCCCGCCCCCCACACACCCCCCCGCCUCGCGCACCACACUUCACUCCCCACACCGACUCCGCCUUCUCACCACUCUCAGCCUAUGAGCAAGGGACUGCAGCGGUCUGUUUUUGCUUUUGUUUUUUUUGUUCUGUUUUUGUUUUUUUUGAUCAUGGAAACCUCUGCUUUUAACACAUGUACACGUGUACAAAGGGAAAAGGACACAUUCAGUAAGAACUCUGAUUGGUUAAAAAUGAAGAGUGGAGGUCAUGGUCAGAAUUUUUUGCUGGUUGGUUUUUGACAUGGCGUUCUACUACAAUCAGCAGGCUUGGCCCAGUAUAAUGCGAGAGCGGGGGAAACAUCUUACAUAAUGUAUGACCUACAGGCCGGCUCUUCACUGCUAACCUGAGGCCUGGGCUUCGAGUCAGCAGUACAGAGCUCCUCUUCAUGCCUUUAUGUAAUACGCACAGCAUGAAUGAUCUGCUGGACGUGGCUGGAGUGUCGUCUGGCUGUUACCGGAAUGUUCAGUCCUAGUCCUUGAGGGUCAGUAACCUGCAGACCUUUGAAUUUGCAGAUGACUUUCAUCUUGUGCACAGGAUAAGUUCACUUCCUGUCCAAAAUAACAAAGCAAAGCCAAAUGAGGGUGAAACGGCACUGUAAUACUCCUGGAUUAGAAUGCCCAACCCCCUGCUUUAAACCAUUCAAGACCAUGUGGGUUAUUGAGGGGGUGAAUGGCCUUUUUCCAUUCAUGGUUUACCUCUUUUUUAUGGCAUGUAGAGCAGUUUUAUUGUUUGUUUUGCACAGUUCAGUCCAGGGUCUAAGUGCUAACUGCAGGGUCAUUACCUCAGCCUCACUCGGGCUGUGACUGGGGUGGGGGCUGUUUCCACGAGUAGACUGUUAGUCCUGUUCUUGCUCUUAAUUAUGGAUGAGCAAUUAUGUAGAAUUUCAAAUUGAAGACCCAGGUAAUGGACCCUGCACAAAAAACCUAUCCAUUUGGAGUCUGGUAGCCGGCUAGAGUUGAAGGCACCGCCUGCGUGUGGCUGGAAGCAGUGGGAGGGGAGAUUCCGGUGGGUAACCAGGCCUGAACUGUGCUCGCAGCUAACCGGGUCCAUGGGCAUUCCGUUUAUCUCUGCAGUUUGUCCCAAAUCGCGCUUAAAUCACGCUUAAAAUGCACUUUAUACUUUAUACUUUAUAUGCCACAUUUUAUUUUACGUGCACCUUUUUUUUAUAAGUAUUGGAAAAACUUUGUUUAUUUUUCGAUCAUUAAUUGUUUUGUUCGGAUUUUUACUGAUUUAGAGAUUUUGGUUUGAAUUGCAGUAGUAAAGUUGAUGUGAUUUGGAGAAUGUGCGAGAGGGAGAGUAUCUUAAACCCAAAUGGGUUUAAUAACUGCAGUGAUCCCCUUGUCCUCCCAUGGAUCAUUGCAUCAAAUUUGCCUCAAACCUUAUUCUAUUUUUUAUUAUUUUCCCUCCUUUUUGCUCUGUGCUUAAGGGCUCCAUCGAACAUCCAGCUCGGUUCUGUGUCGGAAGUAACAGGAGUGGCGUGUGGGUCCUCAGCUUGCUGCAGUGUACAGGGUACUGUCAUACCAGCCUGAAAACUGUCGAAGGGAGGCUUUCUCUAAGGAAAAUCAAUCCUACACGUGAUUUAGUUUAAUCUCGCAGGCUGUUCGUCUACAGUCAGAAGUAAUGUACAACACGUGUCAGCACUUAAUUUGAACCAUCGGUGUCUCUUCCUGAACCAACAUCCGUCUCUUACAUGGGGCUGUGCGGUGCAUUAUGGCACUGGCUGUAGAUGUAUCAGUGGAUUCAGACCUGUGCUUAAACAUUUGGCUUAACCUAGUAUGACCAACUAAAUUGGCUGAAUUAUAUUAGUCCUUUUCAAGAACAAACGUUUUAACAGGGAUCGUAUUGGAAAAACUUCUUAAAUCAGCUGUUAAUAUGUUGAGCGGUUAUAAAGUGUCUGUCGGUGGGGAGAUGUAAAUGGCCCGUUUUUGGCCGUAAACGCAUUCAUUUCUUUUCUAGAACUUCCAAGAAGCGGAAAAAUGUCCCUGAACUUAAUUCCAGAACUCCCCAUCUGUCAAAUCCUUCAGAAAACCACACUUUUUUUUUUUUUUUUUUUUAGUGUGGAAUGCAUGCCUCGACAAACUCGUGUUUUGCAGUAGGCUGUGUCGGCAUGUACCGGAAUGUCCGUUGGUGAUAAUAAGAGAGACACUGUGAUGUAUUUGAAUGUCGUUACAGGAGGGCAUUUCCAUCUGUUUAGUGAACGAAUUAGUAGUGGAUCCAAGGCCCCGAACUGGAGGCUCGGCAGUGAAGUGCUGAGCCGCGCGCGUGGUUAUCGGAGAUAAACGUUAGCGGUAGCGUGUGUAGAAAAGCCGCCGUUUUCCCCCAUGGCUGCCCUCACGUGCUGUGUCCUGGUUUGGAGAUGUGUAAUUCUCUGCUGAUAGCCUGAACGGCAGGGGCUGUUGUUUACUGCCAGCGUCUCCCUGCGGACGUCAGCUCCCAGGUUACUUUCUGGAGAGAUCGCUUAUAUGUAUUACGUACCGUGUCUUAAUGCCUUUGUUUCGUUUUAUGUAUACGUGAAAGGGUAACUUUAUUGUACCUUACUCCUCCCCUCACACAUGUUACGUUGAUCGGAUGUGUCUGAAAGAAGAAGAGGGAUAAGCACUUAGACAAUCUAUUGUGUAAAACCAAAAAAAAGAAGGUAUUUCUGGCUUAUAGAUGGAUCUGCAAGUUUAGUGAAGGUCCUCCGUUCUCUGAUUUUACAGCAGUCUGUGAACCGAAUGGUUUCUGUAAAUGUGAUAUAGCAUUUUUCAUUUUGUAUAUUAAAGUUGAAUAAAACAAUAUUCAGUUUACAGCAAUGAUCUUCAGUGUGGCAACAGUAACAACAAUGCACCAUGGGGAAAAAAAAGAUUUUUGGAGAAUUUUUAAAGCAGAUAUGGACCUUCUGUAAGGAGCAGCCAGCUUCUAAUCUCUUUAAUCUGCUUGGCCUGAUUGACAGCCCAUUUCCUGUCUCAGUGUCAGGAUGUUUGAGUCUUGCAUAAUUAUAUCACACUUUGCUUUAGGUUACUCUGAAUUUGUACUUCCACACUGCUGCAUUUACCACAAUAGACUGACUGUGUUCUUCUGUGUAGCAGCACCGCCCUCUGCGGUCAAGCAGUGGAACUGUUGACUGAAGAUACAUAUAGGACAGAGUUUGCCAGGUGCCUCCUAGUUACAUAAAGACAAUUGACUGGAGCAGGUUUUCACACCCAAGUUUUACUAGCAAACUGAAUUAAAAUAUGCUUUCAGUUUGUAAACUGAAUAACCGUAGUCUGUCAGUGAGGUCAUUUUAUUUGAUAUUUUAUGGUAUGGCUCUGAAAUGACCAAGCAGAUUAAAACUUACUUGCUCUUAUACCAGCACAAAGCAAGGCUUUCCUGUACUUCCUGUUAUAGAGAAAUGCAUUAUGCCUUUUUUCAUUCAACUUUGCACAAAAAUACAAAUUUUGGAUGUAUAUCUCUGCUUCAGGCUAGUUCCAACAAGAUGUGUUGUCCUCAGACUUUAUUUUUUAUGGUUUUAUAUUUUAUUAUUAUGUUAUUCUAUGUGUGUAUGCUUUGGAGUGCAAGUUCAGACAAGUUAUGGGUGUAUGUUUCCAUCAUAUCACCACUCAGUCGUUGAAUUAAAUGUCAGCCAUCACUGUAAUGUGGAAAAAUGGGGAUUUUGGGACUUUGAUGAAUACUUACUCGGUGAACAUGUACAUUGGGGACCAGAGGCAGUGUGUUGGUGAUUGUGGAUAAUAUUGUUAAAUUGAUUUUUUCAAUUAAUCUAAAGGAAACUGUUCUUGGGGGGAAAAAUUGUGGAAACUUCUUGACUCAAAUGUUAACAUUGAAAAUGUAAAAUACGUGCAGUUUGAUUUACUUCAUAUAUAAGUGGUUUCCAAAAUGUUAGUUCAGUUUCUAAAAAGUUGUCAUCGUGUGAUACUAUGUUCCAAUUAACACAUGAAAGUGGUGAAAAUUAUUUUCUUGACUGCCACUGUAUUAUUAAUCUGGAAUUUUAUACAAGGGACCAUCAUUCUAAAUGUAUUCCAGAUGAUAUUUCUGGUAUUUCAUACAGACCAUUUAAUGUUUGAUAACCAAAUGAUUGGAUUGUACCAUUUGAGGUUGCCAGGGAACUAGAGGGAGCAUUUGCUAUAAUUGGUAUAUCAACAUCUGGUUCCUUCAGUUUAAAAACUAAGAACUGUGAUUUAUACACUUCUUACCAGCACUUGACAAACCCCACUCAUGUCACCAGUGGAGACUGAGGUGAGUUACAGGUCUAUUUUGGAAGGUUAAUUUGACCCAUUAAAAAAAAAAAAAAAAAAGAAUCUUUUAAAAAUAAGAACGCCUUCUGCACUGUCCUGGACAUCUCCAAAUUUCAGCACAGAUUUCACUGAGGUAUUGGAGCAGGGUUUUUCCAGAGUCAAACACAGUGAUUUAUUUUAUCAUUGUUUGCUCCAUUAACAUUUAUAGCUUUAAUUUUUUUGUGUUUACAAUACAUAUAAAUGUAUGCUUCAUUUUUUUGGUCAUAAAAAUAUAAUUUGACACUGUUGUAACCAUUACAGUACACAUCCAGCUCACUUGUGUGGUUUUGUUGGGGGGUAAAAACAAUGGUGAGUGAUGUAAUAUUUUAAGGAAAAAAAAAAUUGUGUUUCAAAAUAAAUUAUUUUCUUGUA